UCUUAAUCCUUAGUUUGAAAUAAUGGGGCUGAAACAGGGGCUUUGUUGAGAACAUAGGUGUUGGCUUUAGGUAUGUGAAGAAAGAAAAUGGGUAGAAACAAGAAAUGAUGAAGAAGCUCUCUACAAAAUGGCGAAAAUCUCGCCGAUCAUCUGAGUUCGAUGAUGAUGGCAAUUUUUCUCUCCCCACUCGCGAUGAUUGCCGUCCCAUUGAAACCCAAGAGCAAGAGCAGCUGGUUCGAUCCUUCGAGAAGAAUCUCGCUCAGCAGUCUCUUCUUUGGAAGAUCGUCUUUGCUGGACUGCUGUUGUGUUAUGUGGCUUUCCUCGUUUUCUCAAUUUUUCAACAGGCUUAUUAUCCCUGGGAAUUGCGUUAUCAUGCAUAUUUCAUGUACGAGGUUGAUUCGUGGAGCAUCAUCUCUGCAGGUUUGGGUCUUCCUCUUAACAAUUUGUUUCCUGUUAUUUGGCAGAAUUAUCUAGCAGAAUUCAUGGUCAGCAUUGGGCUACUACACAAUUCAAAGCACCAUCGUAGAUGGUUUUGGUAUUCCUGCAUCCCUGGUAUAUUAUCAGCGGUCUUCUGGUUACACCAUAUGUUGAGAUUGGCAAAGUUUAAGUGGGAUAUCUUGUGGAUUCCUUUCGGGCCAUUGAGUGCAUCUGGCAUCUGCCUCUAUGUGGACCAUUUACUCAACGAGUCGUCUGAAGAAGUAAGGAAACUUCGGGAAUACAUGUAUGCUUACAAGGCAAGUUAACAACCACACUCUUACUAAGUUCAACGAGAAUGGAUAUGAGAUAUAGAGUGGUUGUCGGAGUUCUUAAGAAUUCGGUAAUUUGAUUUAAGCUUCAAAGAACAUGCACAAUUGGGUUUAUAUGCCAUCAAUUUCUCUAUAGCAGUGCUUGUAUUUCCAGCUAAAGUUUUGAACUGUGCCUGAGAUGAUAUGAGAUUAUGAUUGUCGUACUAAUACGAAUAUUUAGCAGAAUGUGUGAUUUUUAUUUCAGACUUUUUAGUUAAAUCUCUUGCAAAAUGGUCUGUACUAGUAAAAAUGCAAUACCAUUGUGGUCAGCAUAUUUCUUUUAGAUAUAAUUUGUACA